AUGAAAUCCGGAUGGUGGGCGAAAGUGAUUGAGAAGGGAGGGAGGGGAACGGAUGCGUGGUUAAGGGAGAACAGCAGUCGUAGGCUUGGAAACGGGCGGGAGACAAAUUUCUGGGACCAUCCUUGGGCGGGACCGGAACUCUUAAAACACAAGUUUCCUAGAUUCUUUAGGCUUAGUUUGAGGAGGGAUGUCAAAGUCGAGGAGUGCGGGAGAUGGGAGGAGGGGAGCUGGAAGUGGGAGCUCAAGUGGCGUCGGACGCUUAGGGAGACGGAGAUGGAGGCCGUUAAUCUCUUAACCUCUUUUAUCUCUCCGUUUGUGUUGAUUGCAGAUUCGGAUGACGGAUGGUCAUGGAGCGCGUCCACAGACGGCAAAUUCACCACAAAAUUGGCGUAUGAGGCUAUCAAAACUAGAAGAAGUGAGAACACAGCUCAAAGUACUGAAGCGCUGGCAGCUCAAAUUAACGUCUGCCACAUUGGCGUGUGGCAGACGUUAGCACCGCAAAAAGCAAUGGUCAAUGCAUGGAGAAUCUUGAGGAGGCGCCUCCCGACAUGCGAUGAAUUGAGAAAGCGGAACAUCAACCUUGGUGAUGGGGAAGUAGUGUGUAAACAUUGCUUUUCCCACAAUGAAUCGAUAAAUCACGUGUUCACUUUAUGCUCAAGAACACAGGAGGUGUGGAAUGAAAUACAGCUUUGGAUUGGAAUUCAGACAGCUCGGCCAUCAACGCCGGUGGAACAUUGGCGAAGCUUCUGCUACUUUUGCAAGAACAAAACCAUUGGGAAGCUGCUAACGGCGAUCUGGGUCGGAUGCUGUUGGUUGUUGUGGCAAAAACGGAACGGUAAGAGGUUCGAGGGCAAAGAUUGGGAGGGUAAGGAUGUGGUUUUAGAGCUAAAAGCAAGACUUUGGAGUUGGAAUAGAUGUUUUGGCAUUUUGAACAAUGAAAUGGAGUUUUCUUCAUGGAGCUCCAAUGAUUUAAUCUCUCGGAUUUUGUAA